CACUUCCUGGAGGUGCAGCAGCAACUGCGGGAAAAAAAGAAAGAAGGAAAAGCACAGCAGGCAGCGGCAGUAGUGCUUUAGUUAACACAUAUAAACAGAUGGAUAUUAAAUAUCGAUAUUGUACAUCCGGGCUGUAUGUUUGCACGGGGUCGAAAAUUAUUUAAUCCGUUGAAAACUUUGGCGAAAAGGCUAAAGGCAUUGCACAGCUUAAGGGAGCUCAGUCUGCGGCAAGAAACUUGUACUUCAUCCCCAGGCUGCGAAAAGGCCAGUAGGGGCCUAUAAGUCCAAAUACGGUGACAUUUAGCUGGCGCAAUCAAAAGUAGUGUUUUUAAAAAGUAGAUCUUAUGCUCGGCGUUUGUUUAGGUUUGCAGCGUUCAUGUUCCAUUGCACAGUCGGUGUGUGUGGUACUUUCUUCGAGUUGAGCCGUGGUCGUUUUGGUGUUUGAAUAUUUUUAAGUAAAAUAUUUUGAUUUCACGUCGUCUUUUUGCAACAUUCAUAUCUAUUUACACAAGUUGAUGCCUGUUAGUAGGGUGUUUAUUAUCUUUUGAUGAGCACUCAUUUAACUGAGUAGCAAUGUCUGCCCCAUCAGCUGAAAUGAUUGAAACGCCAGGAGGUUACCCCUUUGAAGAAAUUGACUACGUGGACAUUGAUGUUGAAGAGGUAGUUGGAAGAGGGGCCUUUGGUGUUGUCUGCAAGGCCAAAUGGCGAGGAAAAGACGUGGCCAUCAAGACAAUAGAAAGUGAAUCGGAAAGAAAAGCAUUCAGUGUAGAGCUUCGACAAUUGUCUCGUGUAAACCAUCCCAACAUCGUGAAGCUGUAUGGAUCCUGUAAUAAUCCAGUUUGUCUAGUUAUGGAAUAUGCUGAAGGAGGUUCAUUAUACAAUGUGCUGCACGGUGCUGAACCUCUGCCAUAUUACACGGCUGCCCAUGCUAUGAGCUGGUGCUUUCAGUGUUCCCAGGGAGUGUCCUACCUCCAUGGAAUGAAACCAAAGGCUUUAAUUCACCGAGACCUCAAACCACCAAAUCUGCUGCUUGUGGCUGGUGGAACCGUUCUGAAGAUUUGUGACUUUGGAACAGCCUGUGACAUUCAGACACACAUGACCAACAACAAAGGGAGUGCUGCUUGGAUGGCACCGGAAGUGUUUGAAGGCAGUAAUUAUAGUGAGAAGUGUGAUGUGUUCAGCUGGGGGAUAAUUCUGUGGGAGGUAAUAACCCGCAGGAAACCCUUUGAUGAAAUCGGGGGGCCUGCCUUUCGCAUCAUGUGGGCUGUUCACAAUGGUACUCGGCCUCCGCUGAUCAAAAACCUCCCCAAACCCAUAGAGAGUUUAAUGACUCGCUGCUGGUCAAAGGACCCCUCACAGCGCCCCUCCAUGGAGGAGAUUGUCAAAAUAAUGACACAUCUUAUGCAGUAUUUUCCAGGAUCUGACGAGCCACUUCAGUAUCCUUGCCAAUAUUCCGAUGAAGGACAGAGCAAUUCGGCAACCAGUACAGGAUCCUAUGUGGAUUACACCUCCACAAACACUAGUAACAGGAGUGAUAUAAAUAUGGAACCAGGAGACUUCCAGGCCAACGCUACCAAUGACACUAUCAAGCGAAUUGAAUCAAAGUUUGCACAGCAGUUUAAACACAAGGGGGAUUCAGGUCGUCUGACUUUGUCUCGAGGUGGCAGUGUGGAAAGCCUGCCAGAGGUCAGAGGCAGGCCACAGGCUGUUACUUCUGCAGAGAAUAAGAGGAUGAGUGCUGACCUGUCUGAACUGGAUCCAAGGAUACCGUUUGGAAAUACAGCACGCCCCAAGCCUAAACGAGGCCAUCGUAAAACUGCUUCUUUUGGCACCAUUCUGGAUGUUCCCGAGAUCUUCAUAUCAGCAAGCAGUGAACAGCAGAGACGGAGAUCUGUUCAGGACCUUCCAGGAAUUGGGACAGAAUCCAGUCAGGCGGGUACUGAAAAGACAGGAACACUCUGUGUGCAUCAUUUGCCUGGAAGCAGAAACAGCAGCCGCUCAUCCAGUCCUAGUGUGAGGAUGAUCACAUCUUCUGAAAAAGCCAGGAACUUCGGCUGGUCACCGGAUGAAUCUUCAGAUACCAAUGGUUCAGAUAAUUCCAUCCCAAUGGCGUACCUUACACUGGAUCACCAAUUGCAGCCACUUGCUCCUUGUCCGAACUCCAAAGAAUCCAUGGCAGUAUUUGAACAGCACUGUAAAAUGGCACAGGAAUACCUGAAAGUCCAAACAGAAAUUGCAUUGCUGCUACAGAGAAAGAAUGAGCUAAUAGCUGAACUGGACCAGGAUGAAAAAGACCAGCAGAACACGUCACGCCUGGUUCAAGAACACAAAAAACUACUGGAUGAAAACAAGUCUCUCUCCACUUAUUUCCAGAAGUGCAAGAAACAGCUGGAGCUCAUCAGAGCCCAGCAGCCGAAGAGACAGGGCACAUCAUGAUGCCCGGGACUGAGGCCUUCACUGACCCAGAGUCAUUCAGCAGAUAAAUGGACUGCUCCUCUUUUAUAACUACCUUUUACAGGUGACUUAUUUUAAGGUUGAUUGUUGUGUUCUGGAAACCUAUAUCUGCAACAGCUUUUCACUUUUUAGUGAAGUAUUCAACAAGGGUGUUAAAAAAAACAUGGUUUGUGUGGUUGUGACCUGGUCAUCCAAAAAUGUUUUUAUUGAACUGUAAAAAAAGACCAAUGAGCUACUGUGUGUAAGCUUGCUGCAUAUGCAUACAGUAACUGGGCUGGGGGACGAAAGCAAGUGCACCAAUGCAGUUGGGUUUUUUAUAUUAUUAUUACUUUGUUGUACAUUUGGAAAUGGAGUAGAUGUUGACAGAAAAUUUGUAUCUCAUAUUCCCAUUUAAUAUUCCCAGUCAAAGUGCAAGUUUGUGUGCAGCCCACCAGAAAUAUCCGAUUGGAAAACUUGCAGUAACUUAUUUCAGUAUUCAUAUUUUCUGUCUGCCCCAAUUAAUAGAGCGCAAAUUUAUUUCACGUUUAAGUCGUUUUGCACAGCUUUAAUAUUUCUUUCCUAAAUGUAUGGUUGGAAAUUGUUUAACUAAAGGUUUCCGUUCAUUUAUUUUGUGAAAGUCGAACAAAAUGCAUAGAUUAAAAAAAAAAAGAUAUACACCACCUGCUUCUGCUAGUUAAUCUUCUGUGGGGAAAGAAAGGUUUAUGUGCAUUUAUGAAGAAAGUUUGAACAGUGUUUGAGUUCUAAUGACAAAGGCUUAUUCUUUGCACUGUAUGCUCACAUGGAAUUCUUUCCCUUUAAUGUAAGCCAGGUGAAGCAGCAAGGGGCGGUUCUAGAACCCAGUGAAGUGUUACGCUUUUGGGGGUGGAACAUGACACACUGGCAGUGCUUAAAGUGUUAGAACAGUGUUUCCACACUGUACAUCAUUAGGGGGCGCUAGAGGGUGACACAUUUUUUUGCACAGAUUUAAUGUGAAAAGUUUGUUACAGAUUUUAGGUUUUCCGAAAAUGUCAAAGUACCUAAAUGCCACCUUCCGGUUUUAAAUGAAGAAGUGCAGUUAGUCUGACUCCGUGUUUGAAGCAGCGCAAAUCUAAAUUCAAAGGAAGUGGAUUUUUUUUUUUUUAAAGCCAUGUUUCAGAAUUGAUUCCAAGCUGUUGAAACUUUUAAAUACCAAAUGUUUCAACAUUAAGCAACAAUAAGUUAAACACGAAUUUCCUCUGAAUGAUUGUAGGUCAGUUUGGCAAUCAAAACUCAUUAAAAAAAACUCAGAUUUAAUUCAAAAUCUUCAUACCAGAACUGCUUGCACACGUGAGUCAUACUUUUGAAACGGAAAGCUGUCAUUGCCAUAAAUCACCUACUGGAAUGUGAGUUUUCAGAUGUCUUUGAAACGUGUUUUGUGCUAAAACAAUGGGCAGUUUUGUGGUGGGUAGGCAUUUUGUCUCUUAUGGGUUUUUCAGAAACGUCAGAUGCCAAAUUCCGUUAAUAAAACGUUGCUAUGGCUGGACUGCCAGCUAUCAGCAUGAGGAUGAAUCAGGAUAAAGCUGCAAAGUAAUGAUGUAUUAUUUUAAUUCUAUCUAGGGCACCCAUAUUCAGAAAAUGCACACGCUUGAGAAACUGCAGUCUGAUAUUUAGGAGCAUGAGGCCUGUCUAUUUAUUCAAAUACUGUAACUGCAAACUAAGCAUUUAUGAAACUUGUAUUCAAUUCAACGUUCAGCAAUAUUUAGCCUUUUUUCUAAUCCAAGCAUUUUGUUUGUACUGUAUUAACCUGAUUCAUAGAGGUGGGUUGUUUUUCUAGAUUUGUCUGGUUUGCAUAUGUUUUCAAACAUAAAUCAUACAUUUGGUUUUAUAUGUAGUCGGUACAUUCUGUACAUUCUGGCAUAACUCAUGUAUUUCAUGUAUAGCUGUACGCAAUGUGGUUUGGACCACAAAUGUUUUUUUUAGGUUUUAAUGAGUUCAGAUUAUAAAUCUAUUUACUGUGUACAUAAAAUGACAGAUUUCUUUAGAUAUGGCAAUGAAAAUGGUGACACUGUACAACAAAGGAACCAUUCUAAAAUCAAAUUUAAAUAAAGCUGGAAGAUAAUGUAUUUUUUUAAAUGUAAUACAUGUAAACCAUCCAAACAGUAACUGCUGUCACAUUAACAUUGUAAAAAACAAAUUUAAAAAAAUCCACUGUCAAGAAUUAUUAAACAUCAGUCUGAAUGUAGUGUAUGCAUGUUACACAUUUACUUGUACAGUAAUUUAUUCCAUAUAAAUCCAAAUGUAUAAAUCACGACUGAAGUUUUAUCUUUGGGAGUUUUUACCUGAGACUGAACUGAGAGGUCGGUACUGUUUUGGGAGAUCAAUUGAAAUGCUAGUAAAUUGUUUAAAUACAGACUUUUUUCCCUCAACCAUCAGAAGCCAUGCAAUUCCACCUUUUUGUUGCAGGUAAAACAAAAACAUACAUUAUCUUUACAAUCACUUGAACUUAUCUAAAUAAAUGAAAUUGUCAAUUUUAGAGCAUUUUCUUUGAAACAAAACAGUACAAAUGGUUAACUAUAAAAACAUACAAAAAUGUUCACAGUGCCAGACUGUACAAUUUAAACAGAAAAUCUACCAAAUUGUUGUAUUAGUUUGCCAUGAUUGUAUGUAUUUGCAGUACAUUUUCUGAUGCACUUAUGUUUGUUAUCUUCUAAUCCCAGUGAAGGAGCUCAGGCUCUGCCUGUUCACUCAGACAGCGAGCAGCUUGCUCAUGAGCAGGAGAUUGGGAAGAU